UACUGGCGAUCGAAUGGAACUGUUGUGUUUAUGGCCGUGGUUGGAACGAUGUCUUAGGUUGAAAAGCGCUCACGUCAAGUAAAUUGUGUGCUUUUUUAAGGUGGAUCUAUCAUCUUGUGCUUUUGCCACAGUGGGGGAAGCUGUCUGAAGUACAGAGAUGGCACUGCAUCUUUCAUCAAUCAGGAUGCUUGUAAGGCCCCAUGCCUCAAGAUACAUUUUAAUGCAGGGGAUCUCAAGUUCCACCAAUUCUGGGGCAGGGGAACACAAGGUAGUCGUCUCCAACAACGGUUCGACCAUCGUGUGCUGGCAUCCGGAGCCAGCCUUCCCCUACGAGUGCUCCAAGCCGCUACCGGCGCCGGAGACCAGCGCGGCCGACCAGUCGGCGCUGCGCAACCCCUUCACGGACGGGCUCGACUCGUCGCUCAAGGGCGUGCAGCGCUACAAGCACAUGUUUGUCAGACGCUCCGACAAACAGGUCCGGGAGGAGCUGAUGAAGCUCACCCACACCAACAAACACAUCUGGUUCCCACACAAGGGAAUCAAGUACAGGAAGAAGAAUCCACCCAGGGACAGAGACUUCAUGUGAAGCCUGAAGCCUGUACGCUACCCCCGGUUCCUGUCUCAGUAGUCACUCGCUAGCAUUCAAUACACAGAAAUGUACUCA